GACUGUGAUGAACAUUUCCGGAAAGGACAGACACUAUCUGGCACAUAUCUGAUAAACCCUCAGAAGAUGGGCCAAGCGAGUCAGGUGUACUGCGUUAUGAAAUCAGCUCAUGAAGAUAACUGCCCUUCCUGUAGCCAUAGAAACAGUCUUCAAAAGGACACCACAGGUAACCACAUACUCAAGGCUGUGCAUUACGUUGACAACACCCUCAUACAACAGCUACACAUUGGUGAAGACGAUAGAGACGUCAGUCAGGAGGAAAGUGCCGGGGGUUGGACAGUCAUACAAAAGAGAACACAAGGAAAUGAGAACUUCACACGCGGCUGGGAGUAUUACGCCCACGGAUUUGGUCACCCGGUUAGAGAUUAUUGGAUAGGCAAUGACGUCAUCCAUGCCUUGACGAGCCAGGGGAAGUAUGAGCUCAGGAUUGUAAUGGAAGACACAUUUUCUGAGACAUGGGAAGCUAGGUACGAGCUCUUCAAUAUCAGCAGCAAGGAAGACGACUACAGGCUCUAUGUGGCUGGUUACCAGGGUAACGCCACAGACAGCCUCAGCGCCUCCACACGGGCACAGUUCAGCACCUACGACAGAGACAGUGAUUCGGGAUCCUCCCACUGUGCCAGGUACAACGGUGGAGGGUGGUGGUACAGUCAGUGUCACAUGAGUAACUUGAAUGGAGCGUUCGAUAUCGGUAUGGUUUGGUUCCACAAAGAAUGGAAGGACUGGCUACAAUUGAGAGCAACCACAAUGAUGAUAAGACCCAGAAAUAUUGUACGGUAAACAGAAGGAUGAAACGUCUCAGGAAUACUGCACUGUUACAGGAUAAUAAAACCCAGGAAAAUUGGAGAGUAAUAAAAGGAUGAUAAGACCAAGGAAUAUUGUACAGUAAACAAAAUGUUGAACAGACAUUGAAGGGAAAAUGCCAUAAGUUCUAUGAGCUAUUUAUUCUAGACCUUGGUUUAAAUCAAUGCCAUAAAAUAAAAUAAUUAUUGGCUUAUGUCUUUUUAUCUGAAAAAACCCAUAUGUUUCAGUGUGCCAAAAUAUGUCACAAAAUGUCACGAUAUGCCAACCUGGACAUAAUUUUGUAAUGUGCCUUUACAGAACUACUAACACAUGUCAACCAUAUGCAACAGGUGCAGCUUAUAAAAGACGAUUUUCAAAUUUAAAAAAUUCAAGGAAAUAUGAGCUCCUUGAUAUCUGGCACCCAGAUGAAGAGAACCAUUUCACAAACAUCUUCUUCAGAAUAACAAAAUAUGGCAUACUGAAUCAACUUGGAAAAAGUGCUUUACGUGUCUGAUAUUACGUGUGAGCAUGUGCCAGUGUAUGAUUGCGCUAUUAAUGUGUGUGCAAGUGUAUGUGUGUGUAUGUGUUAGUCUCUGUGCUCACGUGUGUGUGUGUAUUUGUGUUGCAAUGUGUGUUUGUAUUUAUCUAGGCCCACCACUCUGGCCAAUGAAAGAAACGAGAGAAUACACUGACCUGAAAUGGAACCGCAUCAAAGAAGAGGGCCAAGAACCAGUUCAAGGUCACGGUAGAAAUCUCAAUGUCGAUGGCGUCAAGGUGCUUGGCCAGCUCGGACAGCUUCUCUGACAUGAGGUCAUGCAGGACCAUCUGGUCAGCUUGUGCACCCAGCAGGUUGUGGUCAAAGUAAGAAGGCGAAUGGUACCGCUCUGUGACGGCUACCAAUGACCUGAUGAACAAAAAGCAAUACUGAGUUGGUGCUGAUACAUGGAAUCCACAGGGGGGACGGAGUGGAAGAAGAGAACCUGAGGGCAAAGGAAUGGCCGAGAGAGAGAGAGAGAGAAAGAGG